AUGCUCCUUGGUGUACUGAAACCUUUUCAGCCCUGCUCUCUACAACGUCAAGCCUCGAACACAUCCAGUUCUUUGCUGAAACAAACUCGAACACACCUGGAAAUGUUGGGAGCUCAUAAGCUUCGGCCAAAAUGCUCAGCAUUUCAACCCAUCCAGGAAAUUCCUCCGAAAGUCCUGGAUGAGAUCUUUUGCUUCCUCCCCGAUAUUCCUGAUCAGCUCUGUUUUGCGCUAUGCUGCAAAUACCUCUAUGCUCACUAUAAAUCGUUUACCGAAACUUUGAAAUCACUGAGACUUGCUCAUGUACUGCCACAUGAACCAAAGCCCAUGUUUUGCAACAAAGGUUCUAAUAUCGAGAUUCGACAUAAAUCCCGAAUAGAAUUUCUCCUUCGACUAGAAGAUAGUCGUUGGAAAUAUUGCAGCGGAUGUUGGAGCCUUCAUCAAAAAUCGGCUUGGGAGCCUCCCAAGAUUCGCUUUCCACUUCCUCUGAAGAUUGCUAACUGGGGAAAACCAAAGUGUAUGCCAUAUGCCGGGCAAAUCGACCUUUGCCCCUGCUGGACCAUAACACUUCCUGAAAUACGACAUCUCAUUCGUGAAACGCAAUACCCUGGUAAUAUACCGCUGAGAUCCAUCCGCCUAACAUUGCGGAGUUAUGCACCGCUUUACAGCCAUGUUCGUAAGAUUGGCCGCGUACACAGUUGCAGCUUUCAAGCUCAUCCAUUUGCAAAUGUCGGUAUUACAAAUGGUUUCGUUUUGAUUGCUCGUGAUAGCAAGUUACGUCAAAUCAGCAUACUCUCAUUUCAAAUUGCGGUCAAGAGUUUUCUCCGCCGAUCAGAAUCCCAGUCACAUAUACGCACGCCAGUGAUAUCGCCACAUGAAAAUCUGAAACAGUGGCUUAGCCAAUUCUUUGCCGAGGCCGAUUCUUCCUUUUCCAUUGUAGGGAGGAUGGAAGAUUGCGAGAUCAAAGAAUGCCACUGUUGGCGUUGCGACUGCCUGAAAACGACUGAAGACAAUUUCCGCUUUGAGAUAGUAACAAGGCGAAACUUGGGCAGCGGUAAAUGGCCGGAAGAUAUUUGGUAUCGAGAGUUUGCUGAUCUUACUAUUAUUGACUCUGCUGCAAUGGUAUUGAAAUAA